AUGUUUCAGGCGCUGCUACUUGCACGACUGGGCGGUGGGGUCCUCAGCCUCCUCGCGCUGACACUGUCGCUCCAGAACAUCUGGCUGCACUUGCGACACUAUGUUCGUCCAGAGUACCAGCUUUACAUUUGUCGAAUCCUAGGUAUGGUUCCGGUAUACUCGUUGUCUUCUUGGCUUUCUCUCUUGAUACCGGAAAUGGCGCUGUACUUUGAUCUGGGGCGCGACUCGUACGAGGCCUACACCCUGUACUCGUUCGUGGCGCUGCUUAUCAACGUAGCGGGCGGGGAACGCUCUCUGGCGUAUCUGCUGGAGUUGAAACCCCCCUUACCACACCCUUGGCCCAUGAACUGGUGUUUCCAACCGGAGGUACUGGGCGCUCGAUUCCUGCAGAAAGUGCGCCUCGCGGUGUUGCAGUUCGUGUUGUUGAAACCGCUCACUGCCGCCGUAGCAGUGCUCCUGAACCGGCACGGUUGGUAUGUACAGCCCAAGACGCCAACUGCUUCGCCUUUCUGGUGCUAUGGUUAUCCGUACAUUUGGAUUGUGGUGAACCUCAGCGUUUCGUGGGCGCUAUACUGGAUGGUUAUGUUGUAUUUGGCAACGGAGGACUUGUUGCAGGCUUUCCGCCCGCUUCCCAAGUUCCUCUGCGUGAAGGCAGUCAUAUUCUUCAGUUGGUGGCAGGGUGUGGUGCUCGGCUUGCUCGUGCAGUGGCACUGGCUCACCGAUGUUGGUGACUUUACCUCCGAUAGUGUGGCAACCGGCAUUCAGGAUCUGUUGAUCUGCUUGGAAAUGUUCGUGGCAGCCAUCGUUCAUCAUUUCGUAUUUUCGUGGCGGGACUUUGAGGACUAUGCACCGGAUCCCUCACGAGCGGUGCUACGCAACUUUGGAGAGCUUGUCGACAUUCGCGAUAUGCUUUCGGACGCAAAGAAUGCACUCUAUGGGCCGCGACACGAGAAAGAACUUCGAGACCGCGAACCGAUGAUUCCGAAAAGCCACCUGACCAGCUUUGGUGAGGUCUAUCGGCAUUCAUCUUCAUUGGAAACUGCUGCAACGAAUCAGUUCAUGUCGGCAGGCAAACGUGAAGACGUCGAAGGUGCUCGAACUGCUCGUGCGCUCCGAGAAGCAGCCAAACAACUUCGACGAACGGAUGGAUCGUUGCGAUGGGAACGCGCACCGGAUGCGGCAUCGACUUCAGGUUCCACAGCGCUUCCAGAGUCGCUGGCUUUACCCUGA